UUUAAAAAAUAUAUAGAUAGCGGGUAGUGUCUCGCAGGAGCGAGGUCGACACAGUCGCGUGAGCUGUGAGCAUGCAGCGCAGCGUGUGGGUGUGUGUGUGCGCGGCCGCGGCCGUGCUGUGCGCCGCGCGCGCCGGGAGGCACGAUGCCUACUCCAGAACUGCAGUAUUCGGAGUCCAGCUUCGUAACACCUCGGACCUGGAGCUGCUGCACAAUCUGGAACUGAACCUGGACCUGGACAUGUGGCAAUAUGGCAUGCCGCUAGUGAGAGACGCCAUGGUGAUGGUGCCACCACACGUAAGGGAGGAGUUCCUGAGCGCGCUGGACAAGGAGGAAGUCAGUCACUACGUGCACGUAGAGAACGUCACUCAAGCUUUAGAGAAACACGACGAAGAUAUAGCCCGCUGGAAGAGCAGCCGAGCUACCAGGCAGAUAUUCCAAGGCUACAUGCGAUACGAUGAUAUUAAUGCUGAAAUGGAAAGGAUCGCGGACAGACACCCGAACCUGGUGACUCUCGUCAACGCAGGGAAGAGUUUUGAAGGCCGAGACAUUAAAUACUUGAAGAUUUCAACGACGAACUUCGAGGACCACAGUAAACCAAUUUACUUCAUGGAAGCAAUGAUCCACGCGCGCGAGUGGGUCACCACCCCCGUGGCUAUGUACUCCGUGUACCGACUGGUGGAGAACCUGAGGGCCCAGGACCAAGACCUGCUGAACGACAUCGACUGGAUUAUUCUACCGCUCGUCAACCCUGACGGAUACGAGUACUCGCACACCGAAGACCGCCUCUGGCGUAAGACAAGAUCGACCGACCCGACUGUCGACACCCCCUGUAUCGGAGUGGAUGGCAAUAGGAACUUCGACGUUCGACAUGGAGUAGGCACGCCGACGAAUCCGUGUGCGAUUACAUACGCCGGGGCGAGGCCCUUCUCGGAGCCCGAGACUGGGUACGUGAGGGACAUACUCGCGGAGCACAAGGGCAGGGUGCAAAUAUUUAUGGACAUCCACAGCUACGGGAACUACGUGCUGUUCGCAUAUGGUGACGGCACUCUGCCACCCAAUGCCGUACCAAUAUUCCUCGUCGGAUCGGCCAUGGGUGCCACCAUGGACGCGAUGAAGUUGCCCCAGGCUGGGUUCUACCGAGUGGGGAACAGCGCCACCGUUCUAUACUCCACUUCGGGAAGUGCACAGGAUUACGGCCAGGUGGCUGGCGCCGCAAUGUCGUACACGCUGGAGCUGCCAGGGUACGGGUACGACUUCGUGGUGCCGCCGUCCUACCAGGACCACAUCAACGAGGAGACCUGGCAGGGCAUCGCCGUCACCGCCCGGCUCUCGCGCCAACUCUACCGAGACCGGUACAACGCCGCCAACACACCGCGUUAAUACAUUCACAUCUUCGACACUAUUUUAUGUUUUUUCUGCUUAAUCAUUAAAUUAUGGUUUAGUUUGGAACUUUUUUUAGUAAAUCAUAAAUACAUAAAGUUGCCUUAA